AUGGCAAUUUCAACACACUCUAUGCUUCGAUUCCCUUACGGAUCUGGCCUGACUAACACGUUGUUUGAGCAAGAGAUUGAGAGACCUGGAUCUGUAGAGCCCGGGUUCUUGCCCGUGAGAUCCAAAGUGAAGAUGAUCAAUCUGUCGGGAAGUGCAUUGUUAAACAUACCAAGUAUUGCAAUGUUUCAACUGCAACCGAAUACCGGUUAUAAUGAAACGGUCUACUACCACAGCACUACGUCUGCCUUUGCUGUCAACAUCCUCAAUAGCGGCAUCGAUUUGACAAAAUCGAGAACAAGAAAAGACUUUUCUUACGGAAACGGUUUUUAUGUGACGAAAGACAUAGACAAGGCCGUAGACUGGGCGCACAGAAAAGCUAGAGGCGGUACUGGAGCCAUCAUUGCAUUCAAAAUUAGCAUAGAUAUGGAGAGAGAGGAACCCCAUCUCUCACUGGAGGCGGGAACAGCAAGAGGCAUGGAAUUGUGGAGGAAAGUAGUUUAUUUUUUUCGGAAAGGCAUUUAUGAUCCAGAAGUGGUUUCCUUGGUGCAGAAUAAAAAAUUCAUUACAGGACCUGUUGCUACAGUAAAUACCACUCCUUAUAAUUUUAACCAGACCUGCAUACACGACGCUGAUUACGCCAAAAGAUUUGGACGCCUGCAGAACAUAUUGUUUGUUAUUUUCAUUUAA